UCCGAGAAACCCUAUCGACUCAGGCGCAGCCACCACCGAAGCAGACUCCGGAGAGCAGGCAAGGCGAGGACCGAGAUGGCGCGCGGCGUGGCGGCGGCUACCAAGGGCGGCGCGGGCGCCGGGAAGAAGAAGGGGUCGGUCUCCUUCGUGAUCGACUGCACCAAGCCCGUCGACGACAAGAUCAUGGAGAUCGCGUCGCUCGAGAAGUUCCUGCAGGAGCGCAUCAAGGUCGCCGGGGGCAAGGCCGGCAACCUCGGGGACUCCGUCACCGUCGCCCGCGACAAGAGCAAGGUCACCGUCACCUCCGACGGAGCCUUCUCGAAGAGGUACUUGAAGUACUUGACGAAGAAGUACCUGAAGAAGCACAAUGUGCGUGACUGGCUUCGGGUGAUUUCAUCCAACAAGGACCGCAGCGUCUACGAGCUCCGGUACUUCAACAUUGCUGAGAACGAGGGCGAGGAGGAGGACUAAUAUGCACUGCCAUGCUUCUGUGUCGUGUGAAACUUUGAACUUGUUGGAGCACUCCUGCAGUAGAGUUUUGAUGUUUAUUUUUUUCACCCAUGUUUUGAAUUGUGGCCAGGACGACAUGUGAUGGAUGCUUAGAUAACCAAGCUGAAGAAUUGUCCGUUCUUGUUCU